UCUCGCUGUGAUGUCAUGACGCACGGACGUAGUCGUGGUUUGACAAGUCACGUAGGACGUGCAAGCGGUUCAAAGAGGAAGGAAGAUGGCGGAUAACAAAGGCGUCGAUGAUAUGGACCCGUCGCCAAACCCGGAGCCACCUCCUUCGGCGCAGGACAACGUGCAGGCGGAGACCCAAGCCGAAAUUGCGCCUGCGGUCGUAGAAAGCGACCCAAAGGAAGCGGAAGAGACCGAGCAGCGUGUUCCCGCUCAUGAGGCGACAACAGCCACCGGCGAAGGAGGCGCCGAGGCUAGCAUCAGCAAUGUUAGCGGCAGCAGCAGCGCCGCUAGCCCUACGGACGGCAGCCCAAACGAUACCGAAGCCCCGGCUGCCGGCGGCGGACUCGCCUCGGAAAUGUCUCCCCCACCCACGGCCCCGGCGGCCACACCGGUACCGACUCCCAUUAAUUUAUUGGAUACGUGCGCAGUGUGUAAACAAAGUCUUCAAAGCCGAGAGUGCGAACCAAAACUUCUCCCUUGCCUGCACUCGUUUUGUCUUAAAUGUAUCCCGCAACCAGACAGGCAGAUCAGCGUGCAGGUGACUGGACCGCACGGGCAAACCAACACACAUAUCGUAAAUGUUAUGCGAUGCUCGGUGUGCCACCAGGACUACAAACAGAACGAUAUUGUUGACAACUACUUCGUUAAAGAUACCUCAGAGGCGGCCAUCACCUCGGAUGAAAAAGCUGCACAGGUGUGCACAAGUUGUGAGGACAAUGCAGGAACCAUAGGAUUUUGCGUGGAGUGUGGAGAAUGGCUGUGUAAGACCUGUGUGGAGGCUCACCAGAGGGUCAAAAUAACCAAAGACCACAAGAUUCGCACUAAAGAGGAUCCUGACACCGCUUCUGAGUCUGUGAGCGCAUCUGGACAGAGGCCCGUUUUUUGUCCCAUCCACAAGCAAGAGCCACUCAAGCUUUUCUGUGAGACCUGUGACACUUUGACUUGCCGGGACUGCCAGCUGCUUGAGCACAAGGAGCAUCGGUAUCAGUUCCUGGAGGAAGCUUUUCAUAACCAUAAAGGCAUCAUUGAGUCAACCGUGACCAAAUUACAAGAGAAGAAAAACUAUGUCCAUUACUCAGUAUCUCAAGUACAAAACAGGUUAAAAGAACUGUCCGAAACCCAUAAGAAGGUUGAACACGAGAUCAAGAUUGCGGUGUUUACUCUGAUAAAUGAGAUUAACAAAAAAGGGAAGUCUUUAUUACAGCAGCUGGAGACUGUGACCAAAGAGCGCAGUGCAAGGCUGAUGGCCCAGCAUAAGGAUACAACUCAGCUGGCCCAGCAGAUCCACCAUGUGCUGAACUUCUGCCAAUGGGCCAUUUCGACUGGCAGCAGCACAGCACUGCUUUAUAGCAAGAGACCGAUCUUGUUCCAGCUCCGCCAGCUCUUUAAGGCGAGACUAGAGCCAGUGCCCGUGUCCAAUGGAGAAGUACGAUUUUUCUGUGACCCCACCUUCUGGGCCAAAAAUGUGGUGAAUUUAGGUAAUCUGAUCAUCGAGAAGCCACCGCCCCCUGCGCAUCCACCCAAUAUGAUGGGUGGCGGCGCUCCCAUUUCACCAGGCCAAGGUCAACACGGCAAAAGUCAAGGGCAGAUCAAUCUGGCCCAGCUCCGUCUGCAGCACAUGCAGCAGGCAGCCUUCGCACAGAAGCAGCAACAUCUCCAGCAACAGCACCACCACCAGCAGCAGCAGCAACAACAGCAGCAGCAGAUGCAGCAACAGAUGCGCCUUGCUUCGCAAAUGCCUCAGCAACAUUCCAGACAGACUGUCCCACCCAUGGUUCAGCAGCAGCCUCCCAGACUCAUCAGUAUGCAGCAGCACCCAAGGGGGCAAAUGGUCCUAAACGGUGGGCCCGUUCCCUCCAUGUAUACCUCGUCCCACCACAUGCGUCUCCCGGGUCCACCACAGGGCAGGAUACCCACAGCUCAGCCGAGACACAACGGGCAGCAAUAUCCCAGUAUGAUUCAGUCUCACCUACAGCGACAGAUAUCGUUAGAAUCUGAGAUGAGCCACCAAAGAUAUCGUUUCUUACUGCAAUCCGGGCAUUCCAACCCAGGCCAUGCCGGCCCCUUCCCAGUGGCGUCGGGCCACAAUGCAAACCCCACAAGUCCCACCAGUGCCAGCAUGGCAGGAGCACACGCUCAUCGAGGCCCUGCCAACCCUGUCAUCGGUCCCAUUGAGCUCAUCCCCUCAGUCACGAACCCAGAGAACUUGCCCUGUCUACCGGAGAUCCCGCCCAUUCAGCUAGAGGAUGCAGGUUCCAGCCGCCUGAGCCACCUCCUGACGCGCGUCAUCACUGCCGGCCCGCAACAGCAGCCAGGUUCAAUGGACAUGAACCCCUCCCCUGGACUUUCUAUACACUCGCCUGGAUCGUCAGGUCUUUCAAAUGCACACACGCCAGCACGACCCUCCAGCACGUCCAGCACAGGCAGCAGAGGCAGUUGUAGCUCUACAGGAAGAGCAGCAGCAGGUGGGGGCACUAUGGAACCUGUCCGGGUCAAACAGGAGCCUGAUUCAGCUGAAAGUUACGGUUGUCCAGGUUCUUCCACAAAGUCGGAGCGAAGUCAAGAUUCUGGGAGAAGUGCUUGCAUGAUGAGCAGUCCCGAGAGCAGCACAAUUGAGAAAAUUAAAUCGGAGCUCGAGUCUGAGACCUCUUGCUCCGGGCUCAACGGCUCCAGUACACAGCUAACCAACGGAUAUCCGGCCAAAGGGCAGGGGGUGUCAACCGAGACGGGCAACCCCGAUGGGAAGGAGGACGACCCGAAUGAAGACUGGUGUGCUGUUUGCAUCAAUGGUGGCGACUUGCUGUGCUGUGACCGCUGUCCCAAAGUGUUCCACAUGAAAUGCCAUGUGCCCACCAUCAAAAUAUUCCCCAAAGGUGAUUUUCUGUGCACGUUUUGCCGGAGUAUAUCGAGUCCCGAGAUCAAGUACUGCGACGACAGCAGGAAAGUCAGUGGAGAGAAUGUCCUUACUCCCGAGGACCAGAGAAGAUGCGAGCGCCUCCUGCUGUACAUCUUCUGUCAUGAGCUCAGCGUGGGCUUCAGGGAGCCCGUCCCUAGCUCUGUGCCAAACUACUACAGAAUCAUUAAGCACCCUAUGGACCUGAAAAAAGUGAAGGAAAAGCUGCAGCUACGGAGCUCUCAGUACUACAAAUCCAUCCAGGAAUUUGUGUCUGACAUGCGCAUCAUCUUCCAAAACUGUGCAAAGUACAAUGAGAUGUCUCGAAUAAUCCAGGUUUAUGCUGAGGAGAAAGCGAUUAAUACGCAGGACGGAUCGGAGAUGGCUGUCUCUGGUAAGGCGGUGGGUUUGUACUUUGAGGAGAAGCUGCAGGAGAUCUUCCCGGGACAGAGCUUCCCCGAGCCGCUUGAAGAUGAAGUCGUGGACACAAACGAGAAGGACAGCGAGAGGGAGGGGGACGAAACGGAGGACUCUGAGGAUGACUUUCAGCCCCGACGCAAACGGUUAAAAACAGAUGACAAAGCUGUCCACAUCAAGUGAGAAGAAAAGCUGCGUUCUCUCCAAUUUCAUAAACAUUUCACAACUUGCCUCUUCAGAUUUUCAAGUUGGAUUUGUUUGUUUUUGUUGUUUGUAAAGGACUUACUUUUGGGGUUUUUUUUUUUUUUUAGCUCAAGCAUUUUCAUUUGUAUAUUUGUUGUGACAAUUUCUUUAUAAAACAACCCUUCCCCGACCUGAGUGUAAUAUACGGUAUCUUUGCUUUUUGACUUGGAAUCUGUCAAGUGUUGACUUGAUGACUGUGUGUGUCUAUAAGAGAAUCUAGCCCACUGAAUGAAGAUAUUCCCGCAGUAUUCAUGAUUGGGUGCGUCAACUGAAAUAUAUUAAAGGAAAUAUAUGUUGUGAAAUUGUCCCUCUGGGCAUAUUUAAGUCAUCUUUUUUUUUUUUUGUAUCAGGUACAGAUUUUGUUUCCAGAAGCGGUCAGUUCAGUUUGGAACGUGAUCACAAUUUGGGUGUUCAUGUAGCACUCAGCCUUCCAGCCAUCUGUUUUUAAUCGCGCCUGUCCUCAUUAGGGUGACGGGCGAGCUGCAGCAGAGUGAGGCGAGAGGCGGGGUACACCCUAGACUAGUGGUGAGCGGUAGCGUUUGCUACUUGGGACUUGGGACACCACUGUCACGCCGCAAUUAUACAAACCGUCAGUAUUACACAAAACAAAGCAAUAUAACAGCACCCAACAGCAGAGUGGUUGAGCAUCAAUAUCUACUAAUGUGACAAAAAAAAUUCAAAAAAUAGAUAAGGUCCAUGUGUAAUAUGUAUUAACGUUUGCAGAUCAAUACAGACAUUUUGCAAGUUGACCUUGGCUUGCACUGACCAGUGGCUUUGUUUUUUUUAAGUACUGCGAAAAUAAAAAGUCAUGUAAUA